CUCGUCCUCACAGCUGCGGGUGGUCAGGAGCCGGCGCGUCACCGCCAGGACACGGCCAGGACAGGGCCAGGACACCGCCACAUGCUCCUGAGGAACCGCUCCAGGUCUCCUCUGCAGCCCACCAUGCCGAUCGACAUGGCUUUUCCUCUGUACCUGUCCAAAGAGGAGUUUGUCUACAGGACGCCUUCCAAAACAUGCGAGCCUGCUCUGAACUCGUGCCUGAGAUUUCAGCGCUCCCGCUGUGUGGACCAGACCGGGCCUGAGGACAGCCGAGCCUGCAGCAGAAACGCAGGAAGAGCCAAGAAACAGGUGACGUUUGCAGACCACCAAGGCCUGUCUCUGACCAUGGUGAAGACCUUCUCAGAGUUCAGCGACCCCAUCGGCAUCCCUCUGAACAUCCAGGAGCUGCUGAGGCCCGCGCUCUGUGCUGCGGCCGAGGAGGACAAACUGCUGCUGGACUUCACUCAGCCCUCCUCAGACUACCUGCGCUUCCGUCAGAGCCUGGAGAGGAACUACGUCUGCCUGGAGCACUGCGUGCUGAAAGAGAAGGCCUUGGCGGGAACCGUUAAAGUCAGAAACGUGUCCUUUGAGAAGUCGGUGAAGCUGCGUGUGACCUUCGACGGCUGGAAGAGCCACACAGAUGUGGACUGUGUGUACCUGAAGGAUGCGUAUCCCUGCUCGUACAGCGACACCUUCUCCUUCGAUGUGCCUCUGCCUGAGGAGCUGCGGCCUCACGAGUGCAUCGAGUUCGCCAUCUGCUACGAGGUGGGCGGCUGCGAGCACUGGGACAGCAACCAGGGUAGCAACUACAGGAUCAUCUGGUCCUCCAUGAAGAGGAGCCACCAGGAUGCCUCCAGCCGCCGCGCUGACGCCUUGGACUUUGAGAUUCACUUCGACCGAUACGGCAGCCCCACCUGUUCACACGGGCUGUUCCCCGAUUGGCCGAGCUAUGCCGGUUAUGAGAACAUCGGCCCGUACUACUGAGCCUGUCGGAGCAGGCGGCUUCCUCAGGGCUGUCACCAGAAGGUCCACAGUCAGAACUCGUGUUGGGUUGUCACUCACCUGCAGACUCGUCAGUUUUAAACAUCUGGUUUUAGUGGGGUGGGGUCGGGUGGGGGGCACGUGGGGAUUUAAAUGCUCCACCUGGUCCGUUGGACCGGAGCUGCACCAACAGCUGUUUCAUGUUUCACUGUCAGUUCAUCUUCACACUGUUUUUUCCUUUGAGUUGUCUCAUGUAUAAGGAGACAUCACACUGUGUCCUGUGCAGCCCUCGCUGUCCCACAAUGCACCGGGGCACCGCCCCAGUCAGCUUUAGGUCCAGGUCAUUCUCUCCGACUGCAUUUUCACUGUUACAUAGGUGGGAAACACAGCUGUUGCCAGGGUUUUGUUUUGUCUAGUGUCAUACACACAUCUUGGAGGUGAGGGUGGUCUGGGGGGGGGGCUUCACGUCACUGCUGUGGGAAACACGUCGUCACUGAGUUCAUCCUCACAAUGAACUAUUGUUAAUCACAGUGUAAACGGGGUUGCCUAGGAGACGGGGUCAGGUGGCCGGACCCUGCAGACUGAGAGUGUCCAGGCUGCUGU